UCAUCGAGAUUGGAAGGAAGCAUUCAAUACCUUCCCGCCAUUUCAGCACUCCUCUCUCUAAAGUUGCGACAUUUCCGCCUUCUAGCAGUUCUCUUUGUCGUGAAUUCGAUGAGGCUUGUGCAUGCAUCGUCGAUCGACUCCAUCAGCUUUUGCGAGACCUGAGGAAUUCCGAACCGGAUCGAACCAUGGCGGAUGGGAAUGCGCAGUCGAGAUACGUGAAGUUGACGAGAGACCAAGCGCCAUUGGAGGACAUCACUCCCGGAGAGCUCAACCAGCCCGUGGAAAUCCCUCAGUUGAAUGUCCGUAGAUGUUCUGAAUGUGGGCAACCCUUACCUGAAAGUUACCAGGCCCCAGCUGACGAAGAUUGGACAACUGGCAUUUGUGCUUGUGCUGAUGAUCCUGAAAGCUGCUGGACAGGGCUAUUCUGCCCUUGUGUGCUGUUUGGCCGCAAUGUAGAAACAUUGAGAGAUGAUAUUCCUUGGACAAAUGGUUGUGUUUGCCAUGCCAUAUGUGUUGAAGGUGGGUUGGCUCUUGCCGCAGCGACAGGAAUGUUUCACGGUAUUGAUCCUAAGACAUCAUUUCUUUUGUGCGAGAGUCUGCUUUUUGCUUGGUGGAUCUGUGGCAUCUACACUGGCCUCUUUCGGCAGUCAUUACAGAAUAAGUAUCAUCUGAAGAAUUCACCAUGCGAUCCAUGUCUAGUGCACUGCUGCAUGCACUGGUGCGCAUUGUGCCAGGAGCACCGGGAGAUGAAGAAUCAUCUCUCUGAUAAUGCCGCGAUGCCUGUGCCUGUUGUUAACCCUCCUCCCGUUCAAGAGAUGAGCUCUAAAGACGACCAAGAAUCCGCAGUUGCGCCACCUGCCCCUGCGUCCAAGGAUCCAGAAAGCACCAAUUUGGAAAUGCAGCCAUUGUAGGUGCUGUAAUUUACCCUGCCUUGAAGUUUUUUUU